GAGAUGCAUUUUUGCUACUUGGCUGUAUGCUUUCUUGUCUUUAGGGGGCGUGUAGACUUUCCAGUGUACGCUUGCUCUAGCCCUGCUAAUGCAAGUAGAGGUGUUUCAGCAAAGCUACCAGACCAACGGCACAGACAUUGGAAACAUGGCGGCUGGACCCGGAGCGGCCAGUAGUGGCCACAGUGGUGGCCGUGCCUCCUCCGGUGGCUUUGAGGCUUCUCUAGACCGUCGCUUUCAAGGAGUUUCAAAUACAAUGGAUUCAAUACAAGGAUUGUGCGGCUGGUGCAUCGAAAACAAGAAACACCACAGCCUUAUCGUGCGCUACUGGAUGAAGUGGCUCAAAAAAUCUGAUGCCAGCCACAGGCUGAACCUGUUCUACGUGGCCAAUGACGUCAUUCAGAACUGCAAGAGGAAGAAUGCCAUUGUGUUCCGCACCAGCUUCGCCGAUGUGCUCCCCGACGCUGCCCUGCUCGUCAGGGAUGCAAAAGUGCAUAAGUCUGUGGAGAGGAUCUUCACCAUCUGGCAGGAGCGUAAUGUUUACUCAGAGGAGUUUGUCACGGAGCUGAAAACCAACCUCGUCAAGAAGGAGCAGCCCCCACCUCCAGCUCCACCAGUCAAUCCCAAAACGGCACUGAAGUCAAAGGUUGUUGCAGAAUUUGCACCUCAGACGUUCAUUGAUCAGCUGGUCAGUCACCAGCGUUCUCUGGAGGAGGCUGACCUCAGGCAGAAGCAGCUGGCUGCCCUCAGAGUGGAUGUCUGCAACGUCAACAGUGCAGAGGCCCUCAAGAGGCUCAAAGAUAAAGCUGGAGGUAAGAAGUUCUCCAGUGACUUUGAGGAGGGCAGCACUAAGCUGCAGGAGUUUGUGACCUUCCUGGAGGGACAGAUGCAGACAGCACCCCCCUUGCUGGAGGCUCUGAGUAAUGCAGACAUCUUCUAUGAGAUGCAGUACAAAGAGGUCAAGAUCGUCGCCAAUGCCUAUAAGACGUUUGCCAACCGUGUGUCCAAUCUGAAGCGGAAAUUGGACGCUCUCCGGAGCACGUUGCCAGAUCCGGAAGAUUCGCCCAUCCCCUCCCCCUCGGAGGAUGCCCCCUCGCCCACAGGCUCCGAGUCACCCUUCCACGGGCUGGGGGGGUCCAGAGGGGGCCACGACAACCAGCAGCUGGACGGGAGGGCCAAGGACUUGCAAUCGGACAACAGAGAUGUGGAGGACAUGGAUCUGUCAGAGGAGGAGGAGCCACACAGCUCAGGCUUCAUAGUUGAGGAGAUGAGGGAUAAACCAUCCACUUCAGCAGUCUCCAAGGCGACCACUGCUGCCCCUCCAGCCACCUCCAGAUCCACUGCAUCCACUGUAACCAAUCCCACCAAGACGCUAGUGGAGCGUUCAGCCAAUCAGACGCCUCCGUCAUCCACCAGUGCCACGCCGACCACAGCCGCACCUGGCCCCUCCCCUCUGCAGAUGAACCUGGCCAACGUGGACCUGGGCAAGAUCAGCUCCAUCCUCAGCAGCCUGACCAGCGCCAUGAAGGGCUCAGGAGUGAGCCCAGCCCCCCGCCCCUCUCCAACCACACCUACCAGCCCCUCCAGCCAAUCUACGGCCUCCAAGACUCCAGUCCCCGCCCCCAGUACCCCUCCUGCAGCCAAUCCGCUGGCCAGCAUCCUGUCGCGUGUGGACAUCACCCCCGAGGGCAUACUGAGCGCGCUCAGUAAAACUCAGGCCCACGGCCCUGGCUUGCAGGGACUGUCUUCGUUGCUGCACAGCGUAUCUGGAACCUCGUCUGGGAGCACCAGCAGUGCCACCAACUCGACUUCCCAACUUUCCUCCUCGUCCACCGUCACCACAGCAACGGCUACCACGGCGACCACGCCCAAGACAAAGCCGGCGCCCAGCAACAGCACGAAGCGCGACCUGGAGAAAGAGCGCAUGAGAGAGUGGGAGAAGGUCAGAGAGAGAGAGCGAGAGAAAGAGAGGGAGAAGGAGAGGGAGAUAGAAAGACAGAGGGAAAAGGAGAGAGAGAGAGAAAGAGAGAGGCAAAGGGAGAGGGAGAGAGCGAAGGAGGCAGCUGCUGCUGCUGCCGCCGCUGCUGCCGCCGCCGCUGCUGCUGCUGCUGCUGCCGCUGCCGCCAUGCCCAGCCUGGACUCUAAGAUCCACACCUUCCUCCAGGGGAACCCGGCCUUCGGCGGGCUGGGGCUCGGCCUGGACGAUGGGGACGGCAGCAGCAGUCCCCUCCUGGUGGGCGACAACGCCGACGGCACCCCGGUGCGAGACGAGGCAGCGGCCACCCCCACGCAGGACGAGAUGAUGGACUCCCCAGGGCCCUCGGAGGUGCGCGGUCACCCGGGCGACCCCCAGAAGCCCCCGCCACUGCCGCACCAAGGCCUCUCCCCCACCGCCUACCGCAGCGACCUGUGGGACGCCGUCAUCAGCCCCCGCGAGCUGCUGAGCGACUCGCGGCCCAAGGACGGCGACUACCGGCCCAACGCCCUGCGCGCCCAAGCUUUCCCCGUGGCCAGCGGCAAGAAGACCGCCAAGCCCUCGGGCCGGCAGAAGGAGGACGAGGCGGCGGUGAUGAUGAAGAGGAAGGCCCCGGCGGCGUCCGCGCUGGAGCAGAAGGCCAAGCUGAGCCGCAAGGCCAGCGCCGAGGACGGCCGGCCAGAGCACGCGGAGGAGAAGGGGAGGAGAGGAGGGAAGGAGACUGGGGCGGCGCCCUCUGGUGGUGGCAAAGGCAAAGGACAGCAGUACCACCGCAUCGAGACCGUGGUGUCGUCCAACUGCGGAGAGGGCGUGCCCAUCCAGACGCUGGACUCCGGCUUCCGGCGGCUGUCCGGCGAACGCAUCCAGACGGUGGAGAGCAUCCGCGUGAUCGGCCGCGGCGUGAGGAGAGGAGGCGGAGGCGGCGGCCGAGGCGCCGAGGCCUGGCUCCUCAGUGGUGCCCCCCCCUCACACCUCCCUCCUGAAGAGGAGAGACAGCAGAGGGAGCCCAUGGCUGCAGGGUGAACUGCAAGGAAGUGAAGAUGCUCUCUGCCUAGAGAGGUUGAAUAAAAGCUAAGCAAAAGGUGGUUAUUCACUUCAGACUUCCAUUCAAUUCUGUGUGUGUGUGUGUGUGUGUGUGUGUGUGUGUGUGUGUGUGCGUGCGUGCGUGCUUGUGUGUUUAUGUCUGUCUUUAUGAGCGAGUGUGAGAGAGAGACAGGCAGGAGGGGGUGACACAGAAUCACUUUGGUCUUCACACUGUGCGAUUCUAAUGACUUGUAAGUGUGCCGCUCCAUUUUGAGUCUCUUUCCAAUGCUCGCUAAAUCGCUGUCCCUUCUCCUCUCCUGAAUGAGUGUAUGAUGCUGUAAAUACGAAGGCUUUCUACUUACUGCUAGAACUCUUCCACUCUCGGCCUUCCUUGCUCAGUCUGUUUCCUUACUCUGUACCAACAUGUACGAUGAGAAGAGAAAAAAAAAAACUGUGUGUGUGUGUGUUUCCACUUCACAUCUGAUGCAUUUUUCCCGUUUGCAUCACUAUUUCUGAAAUAUGUGAUGAUGUGGUUGUAUUCAUAUUAUUGUGAUGCCUUAGGUUGCGGAGCCUGUGCACACACCAUUUAUUUCUGAUGCACACUAUUAUCGACAACAGGAGAGGCUGGAGGUGUGACAUUAGACUUUACAUUAGUCAGUGAGCCUCCCUGAACUAGUUCUUAUAGUAUUGCAGAUGGAGUUAGUAGAAACAGCUGUCUUCACAGCGAGUCCCGACACAAAUAAACUUGGAAGUUGGAAAGCGAACAUAAUGGAAGAAAAGAAAAGGUUGUAAUUUGUACAGCCGCAAUUGCAGGGAGUGUGUCCAUCUCUCUUGGGGGAAAUGGGGUGUCAGUCUUGUAAUAACAGAUUAGAAUGUGUUGUUACACUAUAGAGUUCAAGAUUUCAGGUUUCUUUUUAAUUUUAUUUUUCCUCUCUGAAAUGUUAAACUUUAUCAUGUCUUAUUUUAUUUCUGAGCAACCUCUCAACUUUGUUUGCUGUGGUGUAAGGCUGAACUGCUGUGUAUAAAUGCUGCCACCAUCUCAGAGAGAGGAUGGGGAAUCUCUUUCUCUGCCUGCUCAACUCGGUCAAAUGCUUCUGACGGUCUUACCUCCUGUCUCCCAUUUGUAUUACUGAUGUGAAACUAUUGACAUGAAGACAUCAGCAGUGAUCAUGUAACUGAUAACAUAAUAUGACCACAGACUCAUGCACAGUGUUGCUUUGCGAGUGUGCGCGCUUAUUUUGUUUGUUUUUCUUUUGUGACUUGUUUUUUUUUUAUUAUUAUUAUUAUAUUGUUAUUACUAUUAUUUUUAUUAUUUGACCCAUUUGUCCUCACCCAGCCGGAGUAAAAUCACAGAGGAAUAACCCACUGGAAUAGGAUGCUUCUGCACACAGUGUAAAGGCUUCCAUGUUGCUCGUGUGCGCGCGCGUGUGUGUGUGUGCGUGUGUGUGUGUGCGUGUGUGUGUGUGUGUGUGUGUGUGUACACACUUCAGUGGACUGUGCUGGCCCAAUGGGCAUCACCUUAACCUUCUGUAAAUAAUUCUGUACUCAUGCAUGUACUGGACAUAGUUAGAUGGAGCUAUUUGACUUGCAAUGCUGAAAUUUUCAACACCA